CAUUCUACGGUCUGUAGCGUAAUGCAACGUUCACUAUAGUUAUCCAGAGUUUAGAAGCGGUAACACGCGAGUUUCCAGUUAGUUCUAGUACUAGUAGUGGACUCGUUAGCUUAAUAAUGUUGUAAUAAAAUUAAACGAAAAUAAUAAUAAACCAAAGAUACAUAUCGCAAUUAAUUAAAUGGUGGUGAUUUCAUUUAGAAAUAAGAAGAAGUAGUCGAUGGACAAGAGAUAUCUUUGAGGAUUUGAAACAUGGAGAUUAGUACAAAAUCACGAACAUGCAACGGUGUCCGUAUAUUCACGAGAUGAAAGAGCGCCUCCUGGGGGAGCAGAUACCGAUGGAACCGCUUCCGAAGAAAAUACCAACACCACCGCCGUUCGCCAUGGACCAACCGCAUCACCAACAGCCUGUAGCUACCAUUGUUAGACUUAAUGCCGAUGGUUACGGUUCUCAUACGUCACCAACUCAUCAUCGCGCCGAUCGAACACCUUUAAUGCCUAAAGAGCCUGAAGAUGACUUUCACUAUGUCGAAACCACGUUUGUUCCAAAGAAUGCUAAGACUUCCUUGUUCAUAAUCAUGAGUUUUGUGUAUGCGAAACUUUUGGUUGUUGUGUGUAUAGCAUACGUAAUAUCAGAUGUAGUAACUCACAAUAUCCCCCUUUAUUACUACGAAGGUUUCUUUACAUACCUUUACGGUAUGAGUAUAUUGUUUCUUCUCUACGUCUUCUGUUUUCUAUUACAAGAGAGUACGUGUUGCUCAGAGGGUGAGAAGAAAGAGAAAGUGAAAAAACCACCCAAAGAAAAAACCAAAGAGAAAGAAAAAGAAAAGAAAAAAGAGGAGGAAAAGAAAAAGAAAGAGGAAAAAGAGCGUCUUAAAAAAGAGAAAAAGGAAAAAGAGAAGGAAAAAGAAAAGGAGAAGGAGAAAGAGAAAGAGAAGGAUAAAGAUAAGAAGAGCAAAAAACAGGAAAAGAGGGAGAGAUUUCCACGUAAGAUGCGUGACAUGGUCCAGCAGAAGGCAACAUCCCCAACUCACCAGAGCACAUACCGGCGCAACUCCGAAGGGGUGGUUGACGCAGGUUUGGCUGCAGUGCCGGUGCCUGUGGCUGAAAUCAGUGCACAAUCUGACGCCCCUGUUGUCUCGCAGGAACAAACUACUCCUGCUGCACCUGCGGUGCCACCUCCUGCGACACCACAACCACCGGUCCCUCCAACGCCGGCGCCGUCGUCUAACAAUGCCGACGUGGAGGCCGGAACUGUCACUAAAUGCAAGAAAAAGAGGAAGACGACGCAAAAUGACCAAAGUCACGGCAGUUUCUUCCUCAGAAUCGGCGCCAUCGCUUUCGGCCUGGGUACCAUGAUUUAUAACGGACUGGAAUUCGGAACCUUUUUCGAAGUGCCAUUCACUUCUCCUUGUUACAUGAUUUUGCGAGGGGUCAAUCCUGUUCUUCAGAUGAUCUUCACUUUUAUGCAAAUGUAUUUUAUUUUUAUGAAUUCGAGGUUAAACAUUCAUCGAUUUAAAGUCAUAGCACGUUUCGGUUUAAUGCAUGUUGUUGCAACAAAUAUUUGUGUCUGGAUUCGGACUCUUGUGCUUGAAUAUCUUAAGGAGAUUACCAUCUACCAUAAAGACGAAUUCAACUCGACUCUUAACUUUACAGAUAGUAUUCGUAUGCACAACUUGCGUAACGCAAAUACAGUGCUAGGAAGUCACGUUGCAGUGCCAGAUAUUAUAACAACAACAGCUGCUGCUGUUACAACAGCACCUGUAGUUACAUCAACACUGAGAAAUCUUGCUAGAGUUACCACUAGCACUGCUGCGACUACGUUAAGUAGUUUAGCUACCACGCUGCCAACAACCACCAGCGCUAGACGUGUGUUCACAACUCCUACAAGCAUCAUACCAACAACUUUGUGGCGAUUAAUUCAAACUACUCCCACUACUACCCCCACAACAACAACAACUGCAACUACCAGAUUCUGGAGAGCUAUAACAACAACCCUUGCAACGACAACCACAACCGCUCACCGAAGCUUUUUUGAUUUUCGAAGUUUCAAUAACUUUGAUACUAACAAUGUGGUUAACGUGGCGGAAGAGCCGUCGAAUGCCAUUAAUAACGGAACGGAAUUCAUGGAAGAUAUUAUACCUCAAGCGCUGAAAGCUUUAAAUGCUUCUAAUGGCACGGAUGUGAGUCCUCUAAGUUGUGGCCGAGUGAAUAUAAUGGGAUCAAUAGUUCAAGAUUCUGCACCUUAUUUGUUCCCUUUUAUCAUUGAGUAUUCGCUUAUCGGGGCUGCGGUGAUUUACGUCAUGUGGAAACACAUCGGAAGGAACCCAAGAUAUGUCACCCAAGAAGACUUAGAACACCGUCUUGAAGUGAUGCUUUCAAGAAGAGCCGUCGCUUUGGCUCAUGCCCAACAAGGCCGCGUCGAUUGCGUAGGGGCUUCCAAAGGCUUAUUUUUUGGACUUCUCCUUCUAGUCGGGUCUCUGAUAUGUCUGAUCCUUUUCUUCGUGCUCAUCCAUCAGUCUCACUUCAAACUUCUCGCAAUCUAUCUCGCGGAUGUGUCUCAUUGUGUUCUUAUGGUGCUCAGCAUUAUUGCUAUAAUUAUUGGAUUUAUAAGAAUGCACCUAAGGUCUACACGACUCAAUUACAGGGUACAAUCUCUCAAAUUUAAAACUGAAGAACAAAGUGAUCUCAAUGACAUCCUCCUGCGCGUCUCUGCUUUCGGUUUGUUCAUCUAUGCGGUGUUCAGUGUCAUUGCGGGACACAUGAACGCCUUCACCAACGAAUCCAAUUUGUUAGUCAUGAUUACCGGAAUCCUCUCAGUGCUCCAGGUGAUUCUCCAGUUGCUGUUUAUCGCUGACGUUUCGCGCCGUCGCGUCCAUCUUCCGGAACACGAUCGUUCAAAACCGGGCCGACAAGUGGUCACUUUUCUGCUCAUUUGUAAUGUUACCAUGUGGAUAAUUUACACUUUCGAGAUGCAGAAAGUGAAAGCAAAUCCUGUACAAUUAAAGUUUUAUGGAUUCUUAGCUUGGGCUAUCGUCCAGCGUUUCACAUUACCACUUUGCAUUUUCCAUAGAUUCCAUUCAGCCGUCACAUUAGCCGAAAUUUGGAAAACUAGUUACAAAGCGAGACUUGAAUAAUAAGUACUUAAAGCAUUUAUGUUUUUUCGAGGGAUCAGCUAACAAACACACUCCCUUUAAGAUAUAAGUCUGAUCGUUUUGCUCAUCUAAAGUAAGCAAAAUUUUUGUUUUAUUUAUUAUAGUUUAUUGGAAUAGCAAAUUUUAUUUUCUGUUUGUUUUGUAUAUACUUUAUUUAUGCGUUACACUUUAGGCUUUUCACUUCAUUUUCUCAUUGUUAUUUAGUUGCUAGAAAACUAGUUCACACGAUUUAUUUUUGGGAGUUUUGCUCCCUUGUUAUACGCACAUGUUUGUAAUAAAAAAACCAAAGUACUUAGAUGAACCCGUAGACGUUUUGUUACUCGGAACAGACCCAUCCAACAUUAGAUCAGUGUUUCUGAAUAACUGUUUUAGUGUAUACAUAGAUGAUCAGUAAUGACGAGGGGAGAGUAUCUAUCCAUACAUUUUUCUCGAAAUUACACUCUAGAAGUUUAAAAUAUGUAAUUCCAACAUUUUUAUAUACAUUUCAAGUGAGCGCUACUAAUAAUAUUGAAUUGUAGUCUAGUUAGAUGUUGGUAUAUGUGUGUAUAUAACAAACAAACCAUAUUGGUGGAAAUGUGGAAAUUUUAUGUGAUUUUUGUUCAAGGGAGAAUAAUAAACAACAAAUAAACAUUUAUAGAUAUAUUCACAGGCAAAAUGAGAUUAUUUUCUUUGUCACUUUUGUACCGCCACAUCACUAGUUCUAUAGUUAUUGAAAUGUACUGCUUGUAAUUUUUGUGGACCACCGAAAACUGAAUGUUAAACCAAAAGACUUAACACAUACCUACGACCUUAGUUUUUUAUUUAUCUCAUUCCCUUUGAAUGAUUAUAGAGUUUACUUUACCCACAAAGGUGGGUAAAACUUAUUUCUGAAUCAGUUUAUAUUAUAAUAAGUAAAUGACCAAUUGUUUGGUACAAUGUUUAUUAGAACAAAAAAUUGAAAUCUAUACAAGGUCUCGAAUUAGAUCAUGAAAAUGCAAAUAAUCGUUAAAAAUGUGAUUCCAUUGUAAGUAAAAAUUAGCACUAAGUUAUUGAAUCAGUCAUUGUUCUCAUCAAAAUUUUACAUGUACUACAUUACUGUCUUGUGAAAUCUGUGUUAUAUCACCGUAAGAAGAUAUUAUAUAACAUUAAUAUUACAUAUUUAUAAGUAAUGUUAUAGCUAGAGCUAGAUAUUGGAGAAAUAUAUACUCAUAUUAAAUGUAUAUAUUUUAAAAACAUAAUGUAUUUAUUUCCAUUUUAAAUUGUCGAGAAAAAUAAUAAGAUUCAAGUAAGGUCGUGAUGUGUAGUAGGUAAUUCAAAACUUAAGCUCAAAUGUCCAAUUAAAUUGAUAAAUUUUAAAAACUACUACUGUGUAGGUGGGCUUGAAUCGUACUCAACACUGCCGUUUUCUCUAAAUGUUCAACGUUUUACCAUUACAUUUUCAAUUUGUUUCAUGCUUGACAUUAAUAUUUAUUAUUAGUUCUCAAUACAAAUCUUCUUACAUUUGAUAUUUUAGUACGUUGUGUGUAAUUUAACGUAAUUAGCGUAAUAAACAUAAUAGAGUAACCAGUCAUUUCAUUGAACUUUACAUUGUUUAUUUAUUUAGAUUAAUAAAAGUGCGAAAACA